CCCUAACUCACAUACUCAGGCUGGGCUUCCUAGCAAGACUGCAUUAGAGCAAGGAAACCAAGCAGAUCAACAUCUCUGCUGAAUUCAGGACACUCGCAAAACCAUCGUAUCCAGCAUCACCACCCCAAUUUUAGCAAAGGAACAGCUGGGUUACAGAGAAGUUCUUGAAGGAUUACAGAGCAGCUGGAAGGCACACAUGCUUUAGAUCUGAGAUCACUUGUUGGCAUGAAAAACCUCAAGCAAUCUUCUGCUCCCAGCUAGAGAGACAAAAGUCAGGUUGUUUCUUCACUUGGGAGUUAGUGUUCCAGAGAGAGAGAGAGAGAGACUCCAGGACCUCUGGCUGCACCAUGGUGGUGCAGAAUAAUCUGGACAUUGGGGAUUCUAGAAAAGGGAUUGUGCUGGAGCCAUUUAUCCAUCAGGUUGGAGGCCACAUGAGCAUGAUGAAGUAUGAUGACUACACUGUCUGCAAGCCCCUCAUCUCCCAGGAGCAGUGGUUCUAUGAGUCUCUUCCUACAGCAAUGAAACGAUUCACACCUCAGUACAAAGGUACUGUUUCUGUACAGCUCAAGAAGGACAGCAUGGGCAAUUUAAGCCUUAUAGCCUGCCCGCAAAUGGAUAACCACAAUUCUUUGGAUAAUGCCUCCAAGGAGUCUUCAAUUACAAUCUGGCAAAAACUCAGCCAGGCAAACACUAACAGCGGUGACCACACAUUUGUCAAAUGGAAUCAUGGCCCACUCACAAACACUAUCAAAGACAGUUGCCAGGGAAAAGCCCUAUUACAGACAGACCUUCAAUACCACAGAGAUGUCUCUUCACUUAUGGAGGAUGCCAAUGGGAACCAGGCAGAAACGAACAGCUAUAAUCCCUGGGGACUACACUGCCAUAAACAGCAUCUAAACCGCAUGUCUUCCAAGUAUAAUGAGAACAAACUUCAUCAAUUUCUGUUGCUUGAAAAUGUGGUAUCCAAAUACAAAUACCCAUGCAUUCUGGACUUAAAGAUGGGAACUAGACAGCAUGGCGAUGAUGCAUCAGAAGAGAAGAAAGCACGCCAAAUAAAGAAGUGUGAACAGAGUACAUCAGCCUCCCUUGGAGUCCGUAUUUGUGGAAUGCAGGUCUACCAGGCAGACACUGUUCAGUAUCUCUGCAAAGAUAAGUACUAUGGACGGAAACUCACACCUGAUGGCUUUAGGCAAGCUCUCUUCCAGUUCUUUCACAAUGGGAAUCAUCUUCGAACAGAACUUGUGGAACCCAUUGUGUCUCAGUUGAAGGCUCUGCUGUCAAUUAUCAAAAAGCAGAACUCUUAUCGGUUCUACUCCAGCUCACUUCUCAUAAUCUAUGAAGGACUGGAGAAAGCAAUUCCUUUGGACAAUCACCUUCAGGGGCACUGUCAGAAUGCUAGCUGCCCUGUUCCACAUGGAAAUAGCUGUCUGAAAGCUGAUGUCCGUAUGAUAGACUUCGCUCAUACAACCUACAAAGGCUUACAAUUUAAUCAUACUAUCUGUGAUGGACCAGAUCAUGGCUAUAUUUUCGGCCUAGAAAACUUAAUAAAAAUUAUUCAGAGUAUCCUAGUGGGAGAAUGACAACUGCUGAGCUAUCAAGAGACUUCAUGGUUGUAAAAGACAUAACGUACUUCAGACCAACAGCAGGAAGCCCUCCCAGCAACUACAUCACGUGCAGAGUUUUCAAAUGAUAAACUGAAUGGCUUGCUAGGAUCAGAUGAUGCUAUACGCCACUGUGGAUUGUACAAAAUCCAUCAUAACCGUGAUCCAUCAGAAGGUUAUUUUCCCUUACUCAUUUUAAUGUUGCUUAUUAAUAUGAUUUGUCAGCUAGAAGACAAUGUUACUUGAAAGUAAUUUUAGGAGAAGGACUUGUUCGUCAAACACCGUUUAGACUUGUGAGGCCAACAGAGGCCAAGCAAAGAUUGUGCUCAUGAAAAGGACUAUGUAGAUAGUUUAUCAUGUUCUUACAGAUUGACAGCUUUAUAUUUUAAUUCACACUGUUUGAUGGGCCAAGGAGUUUCAUUUACACAAUCAGAUCACAACCAUGCUCCACAAGCUCAGCCGCCAUCAAGCUCUGGCACGUUAAAAAUGAACUGUAGAUUAAUUCCUUGAUCUUUUAAAUUCCAUACAAGUGUGUGUGGUAAAGUAUUCUCCAAGGAAUGUAUGUGUCAUCCAAAAGGAGUGAGUGCGUACUAUAAUAAAAACCCAAACCGGAAGCGGGCAGGUGCCAGAUCACCCCUUCUGGAAUAAGGUAGGUCCUUCAAAAGUUCUUCGAUAGAAGAGCUGAAAAAGUGUUUGUUACAGAGAGGAUGCAAAAUCUCUGACACAGCAGCCAUGAAGGAAUUCACACCAUGACAUUUUAUAUUGGAGAGACUUUGCCUAAGGAAUUAUACAGGCCUUGAAGGCAUGUGUGCCCAGCAUGUGGGCUCCUGCUGGGAGGAAGGGCAGGAUACAAAUUAAAUAAAUAAAUAAAUAAAUAUCAGGGUUAGGGCCCAAGUGUUAUCUAGUUAUUUUGUGUUAUAGUUCUGUGCAUAUACAUGGGGGGGGGAAUCUUGAUGAAAUGUUUACAGAAUUUGUUCACAAAUUUAACUAUGGAACCACCAAUUUCCUAUGUCUCAUAGGGAAACUGUUAGAAUGUGUUUAAAUAUAGAGAUAUAAAGCCCAAAAUGGGAAUGUCAAACUGUAAAUAAAUUGUAUA